CCCCGGCCCGCCGCCCCGCCGCCGCCGCCGCCGCCCCGCCGGAAAGGGCCCCACGCCGAAGCCGCCACCCGCUCGCAGCCGCAGAGCCGCCCCUAGUUGGACGCGCCGGAGGAGGCUGCAGCUCGCCGGCCCGAGGAGGAGGAGGAGGAGGAGGAGGAGGAGGAGGGCGCCCGGCCAGCCCCGCCCGCAGCGCUGCGCCCCGACGCCCCCGGGAGGAGGAGGAGGAGGAGGACGACGACGACGACGACACGGGCAGCCCCGCGCCAAGCCGGCCCCGCCGUCGGAUGGAGAGCAGCGCGGGAGGCGGCGGCGGCGGCGGCGGCGGGGGCUGAGGCGGGAGGCGGGCCGGCUCUCCCCGCUCGACGCCCCUCCCCGCCCUCCCCCCUCCCCCCGCCAUGGUGAAUUAUGGACGUGGCCUCUGGCCAAUGUUCCUGCGGUCGCCGGCGGUUCUCGUCGCCCACGCGCCGCCGCUGCGCCCCGAGUGCUAAGCGUUGCUGGUGCUGCCCGCUGCCGCUGGCCGUGUACCUGGCGGUGCAGACGUGGCUGGGCUGCGCGGCGGCGGCGGCGGCGGCGGCGGGGGGGCUGGCGGGGCCCCCGGGCUGCCCGUCCGUGUGCUCGUGCACUAACCAGUUCAGCAAGGUGGUGUGCACGCGGCGCGGGCUGGCCGAGGUGCCGGCCGGCAUCCCCGCCAACACGCGGCACCUCAACCUGAUGGAGAACGGCAUCCGGCGCAUCCAGGCCGACACCUUCCGCCACCUGCACCACCUGGAAGUGCUGCAGCUGGGCCGCAACGCCAUCCGCCAGAUCGAGGUGGGCGCCUUCAACGGCCUGGCCAGCCUCAACACCCUCGAGCUCUUCGACAACUGGCUGACGGUGGUGCCCAGCGGGGCCUUCGAGUACCUGUCCAAGCUGCGCGAGCUCUGGCUGCGCAACAACCCCAUCGAGAGCAUCUCCUCCUACGCCUUCAACCGCGUGCCCUCCCUCAUGCGCCUGGACCUGGGUGAGCUGCGCAAGCUCGGCACACGCCUCUCGAGCCGAGGCUUCGAAAUUUUCCACAACCUCAAGUACCUGAACCUGGGCAUGUGCAACAUGCGCGACAUGCCCAACCUGCGCCCCUUGGUGGGCCUGGAGGAGCUGGAGAUGUCCGGCAACCACUUCCCCGCCAUCCGGCCGGGCUCCUUCCACGGGCUCAAGUCGCUCAAGAAGCUCUGGAUCAUGAGCUCCCAGAUCGGCCUCAUCGAGCGCAACGCCUUCGACGACCUCACCGCCCUGGUGGAGCUCAACCUGGCCCACAACAACCUCACCUCGCUGCCCCACGACCUCUUCGCCCCGCUGAGGUACCUGGUGGAGCUCCACCUGCACCACAACCCCUGGAGCUGCGACUGCGACAUCCUCUGGCUCUCCUGGUGGCUGCGGGAGUACAUCCCCACCAACUCCACCUGCUGCGGCCGCUGCCACGCGUUCCGCCUGGGGCAAGUUCUGGUGGAGGUGGACCAGACCGCGCUUCCAUAGUACCGCCCCUUCAUCAUGGACGCUCGGCUGACCCUCAACAUCUCCGGUGGGAGGGUGGUCGAGCUCAGGUGUGCCGCGACGCUUCCAUGUCCUCGUGCGUCCCGGUUGCUGUUCCCCAACGGUACCAGUCCUGGAGCUAAUGCUGCCAAAUCACUCAAGGAUCUCCGCGUCCUCAACGACGGCACGCUGAACUUCUCCCAGGUUUUCCUCACCGACACGGGGGUGUACACUUGCAUGGUCACCAACGUGGCGGGGAAUUCCAACGCCUCGGCCUACCUCAACGUGAGCACGGCCGAGCUCAACACCUCCAACUGCGCAUCCCCACCCCGCCCGUCCGCGGUGGAAACCACCGAGGCGAUCGCCGCCGAGGACAUCUUCCCCAAGCUCACCAAGCCGGGUAGCUCCACCACGCUCAUCGGGUACCAGCCGGCUGGCACCAAUACCACCAAUCGCUCAUCCAGACCACCGUCACCCAGGACCCCGCCAGCCGAAUGCCAACGGCUGAUGCAGACCAGCCUGGACGAUGUGAUGAAGACCACCAAGAUCAUCAUUGUUACGCUUUGUGUCGCGGACGCCGUUACUGGCGGACCAUGUUGAUUGUCUUUACAAAUCAUCGCGAAGAGGGCACCAGCAGCGAGCUAACUGCGGACGGUCGGCCCGACCGUGGAGAUUAUCCAAGUGGACGAAGACAUUUCGGCCCCUCCGGCGGCGGCACCUCCAGCCACCCCUUCGGGGACCACGGGUGGAUCAGGUGAGGGGGCAGUUGUACUGCCGGCUAUUCAUGACCACAUUAACUACAAUACUUACAAAGCGUCCCACGGGGCCCACUGGACAGAAAACUGCCUAGGGAACUCGCUGCACCCCACGGUCACGACUAUUGCCGAACCUUAUAUAAUUCAGACCCACCCCCAGGAGAAAGUGCAGGAAACGCAAAUAUGACUCCUCCUUUCCUCUCCCCCCCCCCCCAUUAUUAAACAAAAUGCAAUAGAAUGCACAACACAGAAAACGACAUCAACUUUUGUACAGAGAGGUGGGGGUGGGCGGGGGGGGGGCAGAAUUUUUCUUGUAUAUGCUUAUAUAUUAAGUCUGUGGGCUGAGAGAAGAGACGCAAACGACACUUGGAGUGUACAAAAACAAUCCCCUAUUUUCUAACAUGGAAGUGCUAGUGGGGAAGAGGAAGCCGACCCCCGACCCCCCCUUCAGCGGCUCUCCUCCAAAAGGGGGGGGGGGACCAAGGGCGACCGGGAAGUUGUCUGGAAUGGAGGACCUGUUCAGAAGGCUGCAAGAUCGGGGCGGGGGGCUCGCGAGGGGCGGGGUCUGCCCUUUUUAGACGAUGUUACUUAGGAUGCAGUAAAAAACCCCACACAUUCGUUUCUAUAAAGACACUCUUUCUGAAAGCCCACGGGGGGGGGGGGAACGCCCCCCGUAUUUGCAGAGUUAUCUUAUUUACAGAAAUGCGCACCAUGGAUUUGUACUGUGCCAAAAUGUUACAAAUGCAAUAAAAGUCCAUUUUUAAAAGAGAGCGAAGGUGAGAGAGAGACAGAGAGAGAAGGGGGUUGUGUUAAGCAGCAAACACCCUCUCGCUGGCGCACACGCACAAAACCAGCAUUCGUCUGCGCCACCCUCUCCCAGGGUGGCUGACCAUGUGCCAGGGGCCCGUGGGGGGUGGGGGUGGGCCGGCCACGCUGGACAAACAUGCGGCCCUCUCCCAGAGGAAGAGCUGCUGUGCAGGCCGGCCAGGCGGUCUGUCGGUCGGUCGGUGGCUUCCCUCCCGUUGCAGCACAUUCCUGCGGUUCCAUUUAACCCCUCUGUGCGCAGAGCUGCACGGGCAGAACAAGGACACGGGGGCGGGGGGGGGGGCGCGUGUGUGUGCGGGUCAGGCUGGCAGGCAGGCAGUUUGACAGAUGAUUGUAGCACCACAGAGCCAUUCUGUGCUUUCUGUACUUUCCUUUGCUGAUGUGGCGAGGAGACCCAGGGCUUCAAAGGGCGCCAGUGUGCCCUCCCAGGAAAAUGCCAGCAGAUGCCACAGGAGACGGGGGGGGGGCAAUCAUCCCUCCGCAUGCCCAGUGGCGAGUGGGGGGGUGGAGAGGAGGAGGAGGGGGUGGGGGGUGCUGAGCAUUCUCUGCUUCCGCUGCUGGUGUGACUUCGGUGGCUCCUUUCAGCUUUCUAGGGCUGGGUGUUUGGUCAAAAGGAGGAAGAGGCGGUGAAUCCAAAAGCCAGACUAAUCUGACUGUAACUCUGAGACAAGUGUAUUUUUGUAUUUUAAUAAAUAUUGUUAAAAUUUGUAA